AUGGCGCCUCUUCGAACCCUUAGUUUCGAUAUCGAAUGCGCCGGUCGAAAGGGCGUUUUUCCUGACCCCUCUGUUGAUCCUGUGAUUCAAAUCGCCAACAUGGUCACAAGACAAGGGGAGUCAUCACCUUUCGUGAAAAACAUCUUCACUCUUGGUUCUUGCUCUCACAUCGUUGGUUGUCAUGUCAUGUCAUUUGAUAACGAGAAAGAUUUACUUGAGGCUUGGGCCGACUUUGUGCAACGCGUGGAUCCAGAUGUGGUCAUCGGUUACAACAUCUCCAACUUUGAUUUUCCUUACCUCCUGGAUCGUGCCAAAUCGCUCAAAGUGACUAACUUUCCAUUUCUUGGUCGUGAGAAGAGUGCGUUGCAACUGCUAACAUCAGACGCUCGGACUGAGGCCAAGGACACCCACUUCUCGUCAAAAGCAUACGGCACUCGCGAUUCCAAACAUACGGAGCUGCAAGGUCGAAUUCAACUAGAUAUGCUUCAAGUCAUGCAACGAGACUACAAGCUGCGUAGCUAUUCUCUUAAUUCAGUGUCGUUUGAGUUCCUCAGUGUACCAUUCAAUUACCUGCUCAGCCGUGGACAACAAAUCAAAGUGAUUUCGCAGUUAUUUCGGAAAGCUCGCGAUGAUGGCUACCUUAUUCCUGCGUACAAAGGAGAUGGCGGUGACGAGCAGUAUGAAGGUGCUACAGUACUCGACCCUAAGCAAGGUUAUUAUGACAAGCCCAUCGCUACGUUAGACUUUGCGUCACUGUAUCCAUCCAUUAUGAUGGCUCAUAAUCUGUGCUACACGACGUUGCUUGACAAGCGCACUAUUGACCGCUUGCAACUCGUUCAAGACAAGGACUAUGUUGUAACCCCCAACAAUAACUGCUUUGUGAAGUCGUCUUUGCGCAAAGGUCUUCUACCGGAGGUACUUGAGAAUUUGCUGGCUGCUCGUAAGGCGGCCAAGGCAGAUUUGAAAAAAGAAACAGAUCCUCUACGGCGCGCCGUCCUUGACGGUCGGCAGCUUGCGCUAAAGGUGAGCGCCAACUCUGUCUAUGGUUUCACUGGUGCAACUGUGGGGCGUCUCCCUUGCCUUGAGAUUUCCAUGAGCGUCACCGCCUACGGUCGUCAGAUGAUUGAGGAGACAAAGCGCCGUGUAGAGGAACAUUAUACGACCAAGAACGGGUAUGAGCAUGACGCUGUCGUUAUAUAUGGUGAUACUGACUCUGUCAUGGUCAAGUUUGGCGUUUCCGAACUCAGCAAAGCUAUGGAAAUGGGCGCGGAGGCAGCUGAGCUUGUAUCCAAAGCCUUUAUUCGCCCAAUUCGUCUGGAGUUCGAGAAGGUUUACUACCCGUAUCUUCUUAUCAACAAAAAGCGCUAUGCAGGGCUCUACUGGACUCAUCCGGACCGAUACGACAAAAUGGAUACCAAAGGCAUUGAAACAGUGCGUCGCGACAACUGUCGCCUCGUACGUACCGUGAUUGAGACUUGUCUCCGCAAGAUGCUCAUCGACCGAGAUGUCAAGGGUGCAGAGGAAUAUACCAAACAAGUCAUUGCAGAUCUCCUACAGAACAAGAUCGACAUGUCUCAGCUCGUGAUUUCCAAGGCCCUCGCCAAAGCGGACUAUGCUGCGAAACAGGCCCAUGUCGAGCUUGCUGAGCGCAUGCGCAAGCGUGAUGCCGGAUCAGCUCCUGCUCUAGGAGACCGUGUCGCCUAUGUGAUUGUGAAAGGCAGCAAAGGUAUGUUGACUACUCUCACCGUCAGGUAG